AUGCCUCGUGUCAGUCAGCUGCCUGAAGAGGUACUUGCCAACUUACGAGAGGAUCGUCUCCUUUCGUACAUGGAAGAAUUCGACAAGGCAGAUCCAGAAGCUAUUUUCGAGAAAACUUACAUAGAAGAAGAAUCCGUCAAAGAGGCAGAAGAGAAUCUUAAUACUCCAGGUGGAAAUCAGAAAGAAGAACUUACCCGACUCAAGAAAGAAGUGAAAGAGGCUCGUCGCGAGGCUAAGCAAAACGCCGACAAUAUUAUUGAACUGCAAGGAGAACGUGACCAGUACAUGCAAGCUUUUGCUAAGUUGCAUCUCCAAACUGGUGGUCGGGGUGAUAGCGAGGAAGGCACACCAAGACCGACCCUCACACCAAAAUCUACUAAGUUACCCAAGGGAGCGAAGCUCUCAGACGGUGUCAAUCCAACCUUUGAGUCUUGGUUGAUUGACGUGGAAGGAACCCUAAAGAGCAACGCGGAUUACUAUCCAAAUGCGAAGGAUUGA